UUAAAAAAACGCCUUUUCGUCCCUGAAUAAAAUUUAGGAAGAAGAGGUUUGCUUGGUAUCUGUUUUUUUUUUUUGGUUUAGAUUUUUGUUUUUAAUUUUGUGUAUUUAUUCAUCAGCGAGUGUAUCUGUUAGAAAAAGAAAGGCAAUUUGUUUGAACAUAUUUGGUUAUUCGCCGAAGUGGAGGUUAGAAAUGUUAGCCUAGCUUGCUAGCAGCAGCAAACAGUAAAAGGAGACGCCAGGCAAGCUAACAUUAUUGGGUCGUAAUGUGCAAAGUGCAAGUUCUGAGAACGUUGGUGAAGCAGCGACUGAACUUGGCUGUCGAAGAGAUAUUUGAACUCUUCGAGAGGACAAUUGCAGAGUACGAGGAGGAACUUUUUCGGUCCAGAGGGGAGAACGCAAGACAUCACGAACUCGUGCAACCUCUAUCACAACAAGGCUCAGUGAAGCAGGUUUUGGUAGAGAUACAACAAGAGGAGCCAGUAGAGCCACCCCACAUUGUAGGGGAAGUUGUUUGGAGCGACCAGGAUGAGGAGAAGGUUCAAGAGCUCAAGAAGAACGUCCAUGUCAACACGUUUUCACACACUGGCGUCCACGUGAAGAGUGAGGAUGAUGACAUACAGCAAGUGCUGUCGGCAUGUGAAGAAGAGCAGGAGAGCACUUCCAGCAUGAACCUGGAGCUCGUGCCCCUCCAAAUUCAUGAGAACCUGGCAUGCAGUCAGGAUGGGGUACACCUUCAAGGCCAGAAAGAGGAAAUCGACAUCAUCCCUUUGACACUCACUGAAACCCCUUCGAAGACCGAAAACAAUCAAGAAGCUGAACCCUGUGACGAUUUUGCUCUGCUGGCGUCAAACUCUUCCGAGGUCGAUCACGGAGUUGAGCCCAAGGAACCGCAGCGGACUUACAAGACCUCUCAAGGAAUCCGAUCAAAAGCAGCCGAAGUAUCAAAGCGAUAUCGGGCGCGACGUGACGCUGACCCGGACCGAAGAAGAAGGUACCUUGAGAAGGAAAGAGACAAAUGGAAACAGUCCAGAGAAACUGGAAAGAGGAAAAGUGUCCACGAGCUGAGUGAAAUGGAAAAAUGUGCAUUAAGAAAAAAAUGGAGAGAGUCCAAAAGUCAAUCCAGGGCCAGAAACAGGGCCAGCACUUUGUUGCAAUCAGAGACACUUUUGGAAUUCCCUCCAACGUAGCCCUCCACGAUACAUUACUGCAAAUUUAAGAAGCAUUUGAAAUAUAAAAUAUUGUUGUUGACCAAAA